AUUACAUGAUUAAAUCGUAGUAGAGCGGGACCUAAGAGUUAAUCGGAUACCCGAGACUUAAGUUAAGACCAAAAGCCGAGUCAGAGGCUCAGCUAAAUGCAACCUAACGAAAUAAAAAUAGACAUUGAAUGUUUUCGGCUCUGCUGCAGUUUUCCUCCCAUCCACCAGAGGGCGUAGCCUCCAUUUAAUUAAAAAUAUGCCGCAAGGAUUGUGUUGGGAGGUUUAACUCUACAGCGUGUUUACAACUCAGGACGCCACAGCAGUUUAACUCCCACUUCAGAGUCGAUCCGUCGCUGUUGGUGUCAAACGCCUCGUUGAACUAUGACCUCCCCAGAAAUUGCCUCCCUGUCCUGGGGCCUGAUGAAGGUGAAGGGAUGCUCCUCCAGCUACAAGGACUGUAAGGUCUGGCCCGGAGGCAGCCGGGCCUGGGACUGGAGGGAGACUGGGACCGAUCAUUACCCAGGAGUGCAGCCUGCUGACCUGGAGGAGGUGAUGAAGAAGGGAAUAGAGCUGCUGGUCAUUGGGAGAGGAAUGAGUGAAGCUCUACAGGUUCCUUCCUCGACUCUGGAUUUCGUGAAGCAGCAAGGCAUUGAAGUCCGAGUCCUCCAGACUCAGAAGGCUGUGGCUGAAUACAACAAGCUGGCUGUUCAAGGAGCCAAAGUGGGCGGCGUUUUCCACUCGACCUGCUGACAUCGCCUUUCUGGACGCCAUUAAACAUGUUGAUACCUGCGCCCAGAGGUUUUCUCAGCAUCUCUGCAGUUAUCAGUGGUGAGACUUAAACCGUUCAAGGUUCUAAAAAGGAAUGAAUGCACUCCAAAAAUGGGGAAAAUUUGCAAUUAAUCUCAAACUUUCUAGAAAAACAAGAAAAUAUCCAAUUAGAAAAUUAUAUAACUUUUUCUAUAUACAACGGCCGUAAAGCAGCAUCUUAUACUGAAGGUUAAAUCAGUUUUUAUUUACAGAGUUUACCGGAGUAAAGUUUCUGAAGCUCUGAAGUGCGUUAAAGUUUACCUGAGAUGACUGAGAAUUCAAAGUCACAACAUGAACUUGAAUAAAAAUGCAUUUCUAACAGCCUCCAGCACCAACAGUGUCUAAAACAAUCAAAAUGGUGCUGAUGUUUUAUUUACAUAUGAAUAAAAAUUGUUCUAAUAGAAAAAGGAGGUUUGCAGAUUGUAUUUAACUCUUCUUUAUUCAGGAUUAGCUACACUGCAAAAACAAUAUUUUACCAAGUAUUUUUUGUAGUUUCAAGUGCAAAUAGAAACUACACAAACUGUAGUUUCUGGAACUAUUUCACUUAUAACACUAGAAAAAUUUUCCAUCAAUAUUAAGGAACUAUUGACCUAAAACAAGCUGCUAUAUCUUGCUGAAAAAUUACUUGUAAAUUACUUCUGAUUUGUUUCACGUGUAAUAAGAUAUUUGCACUAUAAACUAGACAAAAAUACUUUGUAAAUAUUAUGUUUUUGCAGACUAAAUCUGUGAAUUGCUGAAUUGUGUAUUUCUGCCUGUUUGAUUACAUGAAAACUAAUUAAAAUACUUUCCAAAUGUU